GCAUAACUCGGCUCGGCCGAGUGGCCUCCGGACUCCCCGCGCCGCUGGGACCGCCGCUGGGACCGAGAGCCCCCGGCUGCCGCAUUGCAACAGGCAGGGCCCCGGCGCGGCCCCCGGGCCUCCCCCCGCCCCGAGCGGCCUCGGCCGGCCCGGGCCGUCCCCCCCAGGGAGGCCGCCCGGGACCUGCGAUCCGCUCCCCGCAGCCGCCGACCCGGCUGCAAAAAAAAAAGUUUCCGAGAGGCAGGCGGAGGAGAAGGGGGAGAAGGGCAGCCCGGAGCGGCGGGGGGCGGCGGGGGGAGCCGGCCGCGGAGGGCGACGGAGCGCCGGGAGCCCCGGACAUGUCCAGGCGGAAGCAGGCGAAGCCGCGCUCGGUGAAAGUUGAAGAGGGGGAGGCCUCGGACUUCUCGCUGGCCUGGGAUUCCUCCGUGACAGCAUCAGGAGGCCUGGAAGGAGAGCCAGAGUGUGAUCGGAAAACCAGCCGUGCGCUGGAAGACAGGAACAGCGUGACAAGUCAAGAGGAGAGAAAUGAGGACGAUGAAGACGUGGAGGAGGAGUCAAUUUACACCUGCGAUCACUGUCAGCAGGACUUUGAGUGUCUGGCGGACCUGACGGACCACCGGGCCCACCGCUGUCCUGGAGAUGGUGACGACGACCCACAACUCUCCUGGGUGGCCUCGUCUCCCUCCAGCAAGGAUGUUGCGUCACCCACGCAGAUGAUCGGAGAUGGGUGUGACCUUGGCUUGGGCGAGGAGGAAGGGGGCACAGGCCUGCCGUACCCUUGCCAGUUCUGCGACAAGUCCUUCAUCCGCCUGAGCUACUUGAAGAGGCACGAGCAGAUCCACAGCGACAAGCUGCCGUUCAAGUGCACCUACUGCAGCCGCCUCUUCAAGCACAAGAGGAGCCGCGACCGGCACAUCAAGCUGCACACGGGCGACAAGAAGUACCACUGUCACGAGUGCGAGGCGGCCUUCUCCCGCAGCGACCACCUCAAGAUCCACCUGAAGACCCACAGCUCCAGCAAGCCCUUCAAGUGCACCGUGUGCAAGCGCGGCUUCUCCUCCACCAGCUCGCUGCAGAGCCACAUGCAGGCGCACAAGAAGAACAAGGAGCACCUGGCCAAGUCGGAGAAGGAGGCCAAGAAGGACGACUUCAUGUGCGACUACUGCGAGGACACCUUCAGCCAGACCGAGGAGCUGGAGAAGCACGUGCUCACCCGCCACCCCCAGCUCUCCGAGAAGGCCGACCUGCAGUGCAUCCACUGCCCUGAGGUCUUCGUCGACGAGAACGCGCUGCUCGCCCACAUCCACCAAGCCCACGCCAACCAGAAACACAAGUGCCCCAUGUGCCCCGAGCAGUUCUCCUCGGUGGAGGGUGUCUACUGCCACCUGGACAGCCACCGGCAGCCCGACUCCAGCAACCACAGCGUCAGCCCCGACCCCGUGCUGGGCAGCGUGGCCUCCAUGAGCAGCGCCACGCCAGACUCCAGCGCCUCCGUGGAGCGCGGCUCCACCCCGGACUCCACCCUGAAGCCACUGAGGGGCCAGAAGAAGAUGCGGGAUGAUGGGCAGGGCUGGUCCAAGGUGGUCUACAGCUGCCCCUACUGCUCCAAGCGGGACUUUAACAGCCUGGCCGUGUUGGAGAUCCACCUGAAGACCAUCCACGCGGACAAGCCCCAGCAGAGCCACACGUGCCAGAUCUGCCUGGACUCCAUGCCCACCCUGUACAACCUCAACGAGCACGUCCGCAAGCUGCACAAGAACCACGCCUACCCCGUGAUGCAGUUUGGCAACAUCUCCGCCUUCCACUGCAACUAUUGCCCCGAGAUGUUCGCCGACAUCAACAGCCUGCAGGAGCACAUCCGCGUCUCCCACUGCGGCCCCAACGUCAACCCGCCUGAUGGCAAUAACGCCUUCUUCUGCAACCAGUGCUCCAUGGGCUUCCUUACCGAGUCCUCCCUCACGGAGCACAUCCAGCAGGCCCACUGCGGUGUCGGCAGCACCAAGCUGGAGUCCCCGGUCGUGCAGCCCGCGCAGUCCUUCAUGGAGGUCUACUCCUGUCCCUACUGCACGAACUCGCCCAUCUUCGGCUCUAUCCUGAAGCUCACCAAGCACAUCAAGGAGAACCACAAGAACAUCCCGCUCGCCCACAGCAAGAAGUCCAAGGCGGAGCAGAGCCCGGUCUCGUCUGACGUGGAGGUGUCUUCCCCGAAGCGGCAGCGGCUCUCGGCCAGCGCCAACUCCAUCUCCAACGGCGAGUAUCCCUGCAAUCAGUGCGACCUCAAGUUCUCCAACUUCGAGAGCUUCCAGACCCACCUGAAGCUGCACCUGGAGCUGUUGCUGCGGAAGCAGGCGUGCCCACAGUGCAAAGAGGACUUUGACUCCCAGGAGUCCCUCCUGCAGCACCUGACGGUGCACUACAUGACCACGUCGACCCACUACGUGUGCGAGAGCUGCGACAAGCAGUUCUCCUCUGUGGACGACCUGCAGAAACACCUGCUGGACAUGCACACGUUCGUGCUGUACCACUGCACCCUGUGCCAGGAGGUCUUCGACUCCAAGGUGUCCAUCCAGGUGCACCUGGCGGUGAAGCACAGCAACGAGAAGAAGAUGUACCGCUGCACGGCCUGCAACUGGGACUUCCGCAAGGAGGCCGACCUGCAGGUGCACGUCAAACACAGCCACCUGGGCAACCCGGCCAAGGCGCACAAGUGCAUCUUCUGCGGGGAGACCUUCAGCACCGAGGUGGAGCUGCAGUGCCACAUCACCACGCACAGCAAGAAAUACAACUGCAAGUUCUGCAGCAAGGCCUUCCACGCCAUCAUCCUGCUGGAGAAGCACCUGCGGGAGAAGCACUGUGUGUUCGACGCCGCCACCGAGAACGGCACGGCCAACGGGGUGCCCCCCGCUGCCGGCAAGAAGGCUGAGCCGGCCGACCUGCAGGGCAUGCUGCUGAAGAACCCCGAGGCGCCCAAUAGUCACGAGGCCAGCGAGGACGACGUGGAUGCGUCGGAGCCCAUGUACGGCUGCGACAUAUGCGGGGCGGCCUACACCAUGGAGGUGCUGCUGCAGAACCACCGGCUGCGGGACCACAACAUCCGGCCCGGGGAGGACGACGGCUCGCGCAAGAAGGCUGAGUUCAUCAAGGGCAGCCACAAGUGCAACGUGUGCUCGCGGACUUUCUUCUCGGAGAACGGGCUCCGGGAGCACCUGCAGACGCACCGGGGCCCCGCCAAGCACUACAUGUGCCCCAUCUGCGGUGAGCGCUUCCCCUCCCUGCUGACGCUCACUGAGCACAAGGUGACCCACAGCAAGAGCCUGGACACGGGCACCUGUCGCAUCUGCAAGAUGCCGCUGCAGAGCGAGGAGGAGUUUAUCGAGCACUGUCAGAUGCACCCCGACCUGCGCAACUCGCUCACGGGCUUCCGCUGCGUGGUGUGCAUGCAGACGGUCACCUCCACGCUGGAGCUCAAGAUCCACGGCACCUUCCACAUGCAGAAGCUGGCGGGCAGCUCGGCUGCGUCCUCCCCCAACGGCCAGGGGCUGCAGAAGCUCUACAAGUGUGCCCUGUGCCUCAAGGAGUUCCGCAGCAAGCAGGACCUGGUGAAGCUUGACGUCAACGGGCUCCCCUACGGCCUCUGUGCCGGCUGCAUGGCCCGUAGCGCCAACGGACAGGUGGGCGGCCUGGCCCCGCCCGAGCCCGCCGACCGGCCCUGCGCCGGCCUCCGCUGUCCCGAGUGCAGCGUCAAGUUCGAGAGUGCCGAGGACCUGGAGAGCCACAUGCAGGUGGACCACCGUGACCUCACGCCAGAGACCAGUGGGCCCCGGAAAGGCGCCCAGACGUCGCCAGUGCCCCGGAAAAAGACAUACCAGUGCAUCAAGUGCCAGAUGACCUUUGAGAACGAGAGAGAGAUCCAAAUCCAUGUUGCCAACCACAUGAUUGCAGAGAAAUUGGCUGGUGACGUGUCCACCCAAGAACCCCCUCGCCAAGGCAGCUGAGUAUUAAGGGGGAAAUUCGUGAAAUGAAGUUUGGAAGCCGCCGGCCGGCCGGAGCCCCUUCUGAGCGAUGAUGAUUUAUUUCGGCAAUGUGGUAGUCAUUAGUAUCUUUGGUGUCGGAGCCCGAGCGCUCGGGCCUGGGUCUGUGGCCGAGGGAGCCUUCGGGGCCAUUACGAGCUAAUGGCUCAGUGUGGGCAAAGGAGGCCUGCAGUCAAUCUCGCUGCUGGCGGGUAAUAAACGUCGGCCGGCUCCCUUCCUGCUCCCCGUGAGUGGGGGGGGGGGGGCGGCUCGUGACUGCCUGCUGGGCCUCUGACCAGCCUGGCCUUGUCUCCACUGCCCUGGGGCUUCUCACCACUUCCCCGCCAUCCCAUCGGGAGAACUGGGGCUAAGUUGUUGCCCAGAAUUUCCUCCAUCUGACCCAGAUUUUAGAAGCCUGAGGUUGGUUUAGGGGCUGUGGGUUCUGCUGGCUUGGCUUUUGGGUGUCUUCUUGUAGGGUUUCAUGAACUCAGCAUGUCCCCAUGGAGGGGACUUGCAUGACACAGGGGCAGGGCAAGAGCCGCCCCAGGUGAGGGGUCUUUGCUGCCUCCGCAACUGGGGAUGAUUGGUCCGCCUUGCCCCCAGUAGACUGAGGCUGAACUUGGAUUCCAUAAGGGUGCAGAAGUACGUCUGUGUAAGUACGUAUGUAUGUGAUCGGCACUUUCAUGCAUGUGUACCCAUCUAACAAGCACCAGCAUCCACAAACAGCCCAUUUCCCUGCCCCCUGCAGCUGCCUCAUGCUCCCUUCCAGCCAGCACCCCGCAAAGGGCAGCCACGCUCUGACCUCUACCGCCAGAUUAGUCUGCCCUGCUUCUGAGUGUCGAAUAACGAAAUGUUCCAGUCUGUCGCCUUUGUGUCUGGCUUCUCUAGCUCAGUGUUAAUGUUCACGAGGUACAUCUCCUCUGUGGACCAGUGGUUUGUUACUUUUUAUCACCGAGUUGUAUGCUCCUGCAUGGGCACCGUCCACUUUGCUGUGUGUCCUUCCACUGCCGGAUGUUCCGUCGUUCCUGGCUUGGAGCUGUUGUGAAUGGCGCUUUGAAGGGCAUCUGCGCAGGGGUCUCCCCCGAGGAGGGGGAGUGUCUCCCCCGCGGAGUGUUGGGCGGUCUUACCCGCGGCGGGGUCUCACCCACGAAGGGCAUGUCACCCCCGGAGGGUGGGGGG